AUGACUGUGAGAGGGGAAGUUCCAAGUGCGGCCCCCGCCGAGGCCCAGACCUUCAGCCUGAAGCACUCAGAGCGCGUGCGGGUAGAGGUGGUGCGUGACGGGCAGGCCGAGGAGGUGGCCGCCAACGGCAAACAGCGCUGGCUUCUGUCGCCCAGCACCACGCUGCGGGUCACUAUGAGCCAGGCCAGCACCGAGGCCAGCAGCGACAAGGUCACCGUCAACUACUACGAGGAGGAGGGGAGCAUGCCCAUUGACCAGGCUGGGCUCUUCCUCACGGCCAUCGAGAUCUCCCUGGAUGUGGACGCAGACCGGGACGGCGUGGUGGAGAAGAACAACCCAAGAAAGGCAUCCUGGACGUGGGGCCCUGAGGGCCAGGGGGCCAUCCUGCUGGUGAACUGUGAUCGAGACACACCCUGGUUGCCCAAGGAGGAUUUGAACGAUGAGAAGGUCUACAGCAAGGAAGACCCUUUCUUCGGCCAGCGUUACAUCCACAUCCUGGGCCGACGGAAGCUCUACCACGUGGUCAAGUACACGGGCGGCUCCGCAGAGCUGCUGUUCUUUGUGGAAGGCCUGCGUUUUCCCGACGAGGGCUUCCCGGGCCUGGUGUCCAUCCACGUCAGCCUGCUGGAGUACAUGGCCGAGGAGAUUCCCCUGACACCUAUCUUCACGGACACCGUGGUGUUCCGGAUUGCUCCGUGGAUCAUGACCCCCAACAUCCUGCCUCCCUUGUCAGUGUUCGUGUGCUGCAUGAAGGACAAUUACUUGUUCCUGAAAGAGGUGAAGAACCUGGUUGAGAAAACCAACUGUGAACUAAAGGUCUGCUUCCAGUAUGUGAAUCGAGGCGACCGCUGGAUCCAGGAUGAAGUUGAGUUUGGCUACAUAGAGGCCCCCCAUAAAGGCUUCCCCGUGGUACUGGACUCCCCCCGAGAUGGAUACCUGAAGGACUUCCCAAUGAAGCAGCUUCUGGGCCCAGAUUUCGGCUACGUGACCCGGGAGCCCCUCUAUGAGCCUGUUACCAGCCUCGAUUCCUUUGGGAACCUGGAGGUCAGUCCACCAGUGACUGUCAACGGCAAGACAUACCCCCUGGGCCGGAUCCUCAUCGGAAGCAGCUUUCCUCUGUCCGGUGGUCGGAGGAUGACCAAGGUGGUGCGGGACUUCCUACAAGCCCAACAGGUGCAGGCACCCGUGGAGCUCUACUCAGACUGGCUGACCGUGGGCCACGUCGAUGAGUUCAUGACCUUCGUCCCCAUCCCAGGCACAAAGCAAUUCCGGCUGCUCAUGGCCAGUACCUCGGCCUGCUACAAGCUCUUCCGAGAGAAGCAGAGGGAGGGCCACGGGGAGGCCAUCAUGUUCAAAGGCUUGGGCGGGAUGAGCAGCAAGCGAAUCACCAUCAACAAGAUUCUGUCCAGCGAGAGUCUCGUGCAAGAGAACCAGUACUUCCAGCGCUGCCUGGACUGGAACCGUGACAUCCUCAAGAAGGAGCUGGGGCUGACAGAGCAGGACAUCAUCGAUCUGCCCGCUCUGUUCAAGAUGGAUGAGAAACGCCAGGCCAGAGCCUACUUCCCAAAUAUGGUGAACAUGAUUGUGCUGGACAAGGACCUGGGCAUCCCUAAGCCGUUCGGGCCCCAGGUGGAGGAGGUAUGCUGCCUGGAGACACACGUGCGCUCCCUGCUGGAGCCCCUGGGCCUCUGCUGCACCUUCGUGGAUGACAUUUCGGCCUACCACAAGUUUCUGGGCGAAGUCCACUGCGGCACCAACGUCCGCAGGAAGCCCUUCGCCUUCAAGUGGUGGCACAUGGUACCCUGA